UUGGGUGGCCGCUAAGCCCCGGUCGGCCUUCCGUUCAACCGAGGGAGACACACAACCUUCCUAGGAGACCAAGAAUGCUUCCUCUCCUAUCAAAACACAUAAUCCGAAAACCCAAAGUCGUGGCCAACACCUGCUCACCGUAAAUCAGCGCGGCCACGAGACUCGAACCCCUCGACGACGGCGACACCCCACUCCGACGAACACCGAAGCAAGGUAACCUAACUCCCUAUCUUAUUUUAAUUAUUUUUCUUUAGAACUCAUGGAAUUUACUUUAACAACUAACAAAAUUAUAAACUAAUUUUUGUUAUUAAUUGCAUUCGAAUUGAACAAAUAAGCUAAAGAAACUGAAAUACAAACUGAAAAUACCUUAGAUUCGGUUCUGCUUUGAUCGCCGAAAAAUUUCCUGUAUUUUAUUGCUAUUUUUCUCUGAAGAUCGAGAGUAAUUUCCCCCAUUUCUAUGUGUUCAAUUACAUGUAAUUUAUAAAUUUAUAGGGUUUACAAAACCCUAUUUUUGGGUGUUUAAAACCUAAUAAAAUACUAAGUUUGUUGUUGGUGAUAAACGUUGCCGAGAAAUCCGGGAAUGGAGACGAGAGACGUGCGGCUGAAGGGGAGAACAGAGUUGCUGGGUAGUUGUUUUAUUAUUGGGCCCGAGUGGACGAAAAUAUGGGUCUACAACAUCAUAUUGGUUUUUCAUUUUGGCGUUGCCUAAACCAAGAGUUCAAUUUUCUUUUUCUUUUUUUUUGUAUUUGUAGUAUUCUUAUUUUAUCUGGGAAAAGAAUCUCUUCAAUGAAACCUCGGAGUCGGUGAAUUGGAGUUUUUGAAGUAAGAAUUGUAGAGUUGGAGGGUGAUCUCUUUGAAAUUGGUGUACGAUCAUGGAGUCGUAUAUCUGGAGCAGCAAUGCCAAGCCAGAAGCUUUGCAUUUCCUCGUUGCUUUACUUCGUGCUCUGUUUCCCUGCAGCCAGAGGUUGCCUGUCUGGUUAUUGAGUACUGGAUCUGCUCAUUUGAGGAAGAAUAUUGAGGCUACACAGGCAAUAAUUGCAAAAUGCUCAGAAUCUAUGUGGAAGCUGGCAUACUUUGCUACUGUUGAAACAUGGGUCCUCAAAAUCACCUACUAUGAGCCAUGGUUCAGAGAUGUAAAAGGGUACUUUAGGGACUGGCCAAAUCAAGAGUUGAAGCUUUCCUUAAGCCUUUUCUACAUGUGCCAAUGUGGGUUCUACAUCUAUAGCAUUGCUGCACUCCUUACUUGGGAGACUCGAAGGAAGGAUUUUGCUGUGAUGAUGUCUCAUCAUGUAAUACUACAAUCCUGAUUGGAUACUCAUAUGUUACAAGCUAAAAUUUUAAAAUAUACGGGAAGGGAUCUCGGUGCUAGCGUGUGCUUCGGAUUAUUUUCCAUUUCUUGGCUCGUGCUACGUUUAAUAAUCUUUCCAUUUUGGGUCAUCAAAAGUUCAAGGUUUGCCUUUAAUGUGAAUGACUUGGUUUCACUACAUGAGCUGCAGACUGACUGAUCAAUUGUCUACUUUGGUGGUUGGCCUGUAACAGCUAUGAUCUUAUGGAGUUCUUUCGUCCUUCAGAGUCAUAUCGCAAAUUCUUGUACUAGUUUCUGAACACUAUGUUGCUAAUGCUACUUGUGUUCCACGUCUACUGGUGGGUUCUCAUAUGCUCCAUGAUCAUGAGGCAAUGGCAAAACUGAGGAAAAGUAGGCGAAGACAUUAGAUCCGGUAAACAUCUCUUAUAUCUUGUUUUUUAUUUCUUUUUUUAAAAUAAUUUGAGCUAUUAAAUAUAAUUCCAUGAUCAUAGAAUGUCAUGAUGUUCACAUAACUCUCUGAAGAGCUUGCUUGUGUCCAUGAUGCUCUCUUAAAAGGAAGAGCAGUGUUGUAGAAGUUAAAAAUCUAGUUAUAAAACAUGUGUAGAAGGCGCUUUUGAUA